CAAAGACCUGUCUAUUGGAUAUACAGUGCACUUGAUUAGACGUAACUUCAUAGUCUAAGUAGUGGACAAGUUUAGGGAGCAUGUAGUAAGUUGAGAUUCAGCCAUAGACGGACGUUUUCAGGCUCAGAGGAGCUGAAAUGAGCAGGGGAAAUGUGGCUCGUUUCUGGGAGUGGGGACGAAAGAUCAUUUGCGUGGGGCGAAAUUACGCAGAACACGCCAGAGAGCUGAGGAACGAGCUGCCCACGGAGCCCGUGCUGUUCCUGAAGCCGCCCACGGCGUACGUGAAGGAGGGCUCUCCGAUCCUGGUGCCUCACUACUCCUCCACUCUGCACCAUGAAGUGGAGCUCGGCGUGGUGGUGGGCAGAGCGGGCAGAGAGAUCCCCCAGACCUCCGCCAUGGAGCAUGUAGCCGGAUACGCGCUGUGCCUGGACAUGACCGCGCGGGACGUUCAGGACCAGUGCAAAGCCAAAGGGCUGCCCUGGACUCUGGCCAAAGCCUUCGACACGUCCUGUCCCGUGAGCGACUUCAUCCCCAAAGAGCGGAUCCCGGAUCCGGCAGGUGUGGAGCUGUGGCUCAGGGUGAACAGCGUCACUCGGCAGAGAGGCAGCACGGCGCACAUGAUCUUCUCAGUGCCCUACCUGAUCAGCUACAUCAGCAGGGUCAUGGCGUUAGAGGAAGGAGAUCUCAUACUGACCGGGACGCCCAAAGGAGUCGGAGCCGUGCACGAGCACGACGAGCUUCAGGCUGGCAUCGAGGGUGUCAUCAGCGUGACGUUUCGAGUCAGCAGACAGGCUGCAAUACACAACUGACAAUACACGAGUUCAGGCUUUUCUCGCUGGCGGUUUAUCUCACAACUCAUGUUGUGCAAAUUUAAGUAAACAUACACUCAGUGGCCAAAACCUUGUGGACACCUGACCAUCACACCUAUAGGUCUGCCUUCCUCAAACUGUUGCCACAAACCUGGAAGCACACAACUGUAUAGAAAGUCUUUGUAUGCUGUAGCAUUACAAUUUCCCUUCACUGGACCUAAGAGACUCAAACCUGUUCCAGCAUGACAAUGCCCCUGUGCACAAAGCGAACUCCAUGAAGACAUGGCAGUGGAAGAACUCAAGCGUCCUGCACAGAGCCCUGACCUCAACCCCACUGAACACCUUCAGGAUGAACUGGAACACCUCCUCAACCAAUACCAGUGCCUGACCUCACUAAUGCUCUUGUGGCUGAAUGAUCACAAAUCUCCACAGCCAUGCUCCAAAAUCUAGUGGAAAGCCUUCCCAGAAGAAUGGAGGUUAUUAUAACAGCAAAGAAGGGAUUAAAUCUUGAAUGGGAUGUUCAACCAACACAUAUGUGUGUUAUGGUCAGGUGUCCACAUACUUUUGGCCAUAUAGUGUAUCAGUAAACAUGCAAUCAAAAUAAAACAGUUCAAUAUUUACACUGUAAACUUUUCUAUAGAUUUUACCUUAAAUUACUGACUGUUAAGUACAAGCUAAGAUUACUGUAAUUUCACACUUAAAGAAAUAUUAUACGGUUAUAUUAUAUUAUAUAUUAUUUUUAAAUAUUUUAAUGAAAAAUGUACCAAAGCUUACUGAACAGAGCAGAUUUUCGUUUUUUUAAACAAAAUUCAGAGAUAAUUAAAUAUAACAGCAAAAAUACAACUCAAUAUUGAAAUAAGUAAUAAUAGUGUCCUGGAUGCUCUGGCACCAUCUCUAUGUAAGGUGUAUUCCUGCAUCAUGCCUCGUGUUUCCAGGAUAACCUCCAGAUCCACCACAAUCCUGACCACCAUAAAGCAAUUACUGAAAAUGAAUGAAUGAAAUAAAAUAAGUAUCCUA